GCAGAAGUGGCACUCAGUGCUCAGCUAUUAAUUCCCAUGGCAUGCCUCAUUGCCAGGAAAACACAGCUGCAUAUAAAAGCUUUUGGCUCCGGUGCGGUCCUCAGGACUCGGACACUGCUCAGCCAGCGGUCGCAGGGUGAGUUGGAUUCCUUCAGAUCCCUAAUUUUUGCAUAGAAACUGCCCCAAAAAUGCAAAACUCUUUUGUUUUCUUUUUUCCCAGCCUGUUUAUCCCCGAGGGCUUGGCCAUCUCUGCUGCACGAUGCAGUACCGUAAGGGCGAAGAUGACAUGGAUACGUGCCACAAUGAUGCAACCUGCGGUUGCCACGACGGCCCUGUGAGCAUCCCAGAUCUCUCUCCAUGCCACGAACGUAGCAGCCUCAGCCACGACAUCGAGGGGUCCUGCCAGAGCGUGCCACAGGGCUGCCAACCCAUUGAGCCCUGCCCGCCCCGCGACUGCUGCCCGGCACAGCACAGCUGGGAUUAUGGCAAACCCCGGCGGCGGGUGGAGGUGAGCCCUGUGCAGCCCAUUUGUCCGCCAGUGAAAAUCCACCGCCGGCCAUUGCAACAGUACCGACCACCACAGCAGAGAGAGGAGCAGAGUUGUUGUAAGCCCCGGAGGAGAGUGGAGCAGCAGCCCUCGGAGGAGCCCAUCACGCUGCAUCCCGUGCCCCUGCAACACCGCUGUCCCUGCAUCCCCUACUGCCGUCCUCCUGUCCAGCAAUGCCGUCCUGUCCAGCAAUGCCAUCCUCCUGUCCAGCAAUGCCGUCCUGUCCAGCAAUGCCGUCCUCCUGUCCAGCAAUGCCGUCCUCCUGUCCAGCACUGCUGCCCCACCACCGUGCCCCUAUUGCAGCAUCCUGGCCAGCACCAGUGCAAGCAAGUACACAUCUUGCCACCCUUCCAACAGAAGAAAUGAGGAGGGGUCCCACGCCAGCACGUUGCCCCACACUGCUGCUCCCAAACUCAGCGUGGAGGUGCUCUGCUUUUUGCCCAAGCUGCUGGUGCUGUCACCUCUGCUUUCUGGCUGCUGUUCUGCACACUUCAGGCACUUCAGGGUCCGUGGUCCCCUGCUUUAUGAUGGCACCAACACUCUAAGUCCAGUUCUGGGUACAGCUGCCCAGGGAAGAGGUGGAUGCUGGAAGUGCUCAUGGAUGGAGCCCUGGGCAGCCCGACCUGGUGGGAGGUGUCCUGCCCAUGGCAGGGGGUUGGACCAGUUAAUCUUUAAGGUCCCUUCCAACUCAAACCAUCCCAGGGGUUUUCCCCACCAAAGAACAGACUUUAAUCAUCCCAGCCCCACUUUGCUCCUGGAUCUCCCACCUAGGGGGAAGGCAAGCAACCAGGUGAUGGAUGAACAACAAGAGGUACAGGCAGCUGAUAACCAGUGCUCCUUCUCUCACAGCUUCAGUGCAUCAUCAUCUCAGGGCUGUUCCAAACCAGGCAUGAGGCUGGGUUGGAAAAAGGCACUUACUGUGAGGGCAGGAGCAGCUGGGACUCCUGCAAGUUGACUUUCUCCCUGUGUAUUCAAGAAUAAAGCUGACAAAAUUCC